AUGUGGUCGUCUACUUCCAGCGUUAUACGCUUGACCGCAGAAAACACUCUGGGAAAGACGACUCUAGGUAAGCCAAAGGUACAAAAGGCUACGUGGUUUUGGAACGAGGAAGUUCAGGCGGCAAUUCGUGAGAAGAAGUCCAAGUAUAAGCUCUGGUGGAGGACGCGUCAGCCUGAAGAUCGGGGUGCUUACCUAGCGGCGAAGAGGGAGGCUAAGAAAGCAGUCUCCAAGGCGGCUAAGAAAGCAGUCGGACCGCUACAAGGCUGUAGUGCGUCAUCGCUCAACGUUGGAUAUGGAGCACACCAAGCUGAUGGAGCCGUUCUGCGCCGCUCUGGUCAGAUCCUGGAGAGGUGGCGAGAGUACUACAAUCACUUGUGUAACGAAGAGUUCUGUCAUCCUCCCAUCCCAACCGUUCCCAGCGUCGAGGGUCCUGUUCUACCAAUUACUGCCGUCGAAGUCAGUGCUGCCCUCGCAAAAAUGAAGUCGAAGAAGGCAACCGGUCCUGAUGACAUACCUGCUGAUGUCUGGAAGCUGCUAGGAGAUCGAGGGUCCGUGUGGCUCGUAACUCUAUUUAACAAGAUCGCUGCAGAAGGACGGACUCCAGACGUUUGGCAAACUUCUGUGACCGUGCCUGUCCGGAAAGGGAAAGGAGACAUUGCUGACUGCACCUCGUACAGACCUAUACGACUGCUCUGCCAUACGAUGAAGGUUUUUGAGCGUGUCCUAGAAGCUCGUCUGAGGAAAAUUGUUAGCGUUUCACUCAACCAGUGCGGCUUUGUGAAGGACUGCAGCACUAUAGAUGCUAUCCAUGCUGUCCGAAUCCUCCUGGAGAAACGAGAGAAGAACCGCAAUGUGCAUCUUGCUUUUCUCGAUCUCGAGAAAGCUUUCGACCGUGUCCCACAUGAGCUGUUAUGGAUGUCCAUGAGGUCGCGUAGAGUACCAGAAGAAUAUGUGCGGUGGACGAAGCUACUUUAUGCGAAGCCUACCAGCGUUGUACGAUGUGCUGCUGGAACAAGCAGGCCAUUCCCUGUACAAGUAGAGGUUCAUCAGGGUUCAUCCCUCUCACCUCUGCUGUUCAUACUGUGCAUGGACACGAUAACGAAGGAAAUCCAGAAGCAGCAUCCGUGGACUCUACUCUUUGCCGACGAUGUCAUGCUCGCGGCGGAGUCUCGAGGGGAUCUUCAGAAACAAGUACAGUCUUGGAAGGAUCAACUGCAGCAAUAUGGAUUGCACCUCAACACAUCAAAAACUGAGUACAUGGAGUGCGGACCAAGGAUAGAGGAUGGUUCAAUUUGUGUCGAUGGCACCGAAUUAAACAAGGUGAACUGUUUCAAGUACCUUAGAUCCAAAGUGACUUCCACAGGCGACAUUGAUCAAGAAGGUCGAGCACGUAUUAAUGCUGCAUGGAUGAAGUGGAAAAUGGCAACAGGGGUACUGUGCGACAAGAAAGUCCCUGUUCGACUGAAGUCGAAGUUCUACAGGACGGUUGUGCGUCAUGUUGCUUUUUACGGAUGCGAGUCCUGGCCGACGACGAAAACCUUGGAAAGAGUGCUGCACGCUAUGGAGAUGCGGAUGUUAAGGUGGACAAUAGGUGUAACGCUAAAAGAGAAAGUAUCCAACGACACUGUGCGCUCCAUCUUCGGCGUCGUCCCGAUAACUGAGAAGAUGAAGGAGGCCCGAUUGAGAUGGUUCGGUCACGUCUUGCGGCGAGAGGAAGAUUCUGUGGCCAAAACCGCACUGAAGCUCGACGUUUCAGGAGUGAGGCCGCGUGGGAGGCCAAAGAUUCGCUGGUUAGACCGUGUGAAGCUGGAUAUGAUAGAUAGCACGUUUGUGUACGGCUGA